AUGAGGGUCUUUACUAGCCUUAAUUUACCAGCGACCUUGCUGUUGACAUUGUUGACACUGCCCUUCACUGUAUCAGCCACCGAGCUUCUACAAGGCUAUGGCCGGAACGACUAUGAGCUGCCAUGUGCACAAGCCUGCACUUGGGCAAUGCCUACUACACUUGACUGUCCCGAAUAUGCCAGUAUGUCGGCAGAAGAGCGUGCGGCUGCUUACCCAUCCGCAGCGUGCAUGGGAAAUGACACUUCGUACUUGACAUCAAUUGCCUGGUGCAUUGACUCAUACUGCUCGAAAGAUACCAGACCCUACAAGAUCGAGGUGUUUUGGGGGACCAAGAUGAUUUACCAAGUCCAAAGCAUCAAGUUCUCAUACGCUGAGGCUUUAGCUCAAGUAGACAACAAGACCCUCCCAAAGCCCAUGUCUGCAGAAGAAACGGUACUCAACCGAACCAUCUCUAUCGAAGAUACAACCUACGAAAGCUAUUCAAACUCUGUCAAGGGGUAUAUAGCUAUCGGUAAGAACGAAUCCAAGUACUCUCUCUUAGUCUUUCUCUCUUGCGUUGCUAUACCCAUCGGUUUCUCAUUACUCCGCUUCCUACCAAUCCCGAAAAGUGUUAGAAGCAAAUUCUACGCGUAUAUCAUCGAUCCUCCUGCUUGGGGCAAGAGACACAGUGUUCCAACCCUUGGACUGGGUAUUGUCCCUACUCGCGGUCAAGCUCUUUUCAUUCUUUACAUCAUCGCAAUCAAUGUGGCAGCAACAUUCGAUGGUUACCCUCGCUAUACCCCCAAUGCCUAUUUCCCAAUCCGACGAGAUGAGUUGAUGCGGCACAUUGGCAACCGGGCUGGUAUCAUUGCAUUCGCCAAUAUCCCGAUUAUCAUACUUUAUGCUGGUCGCAAUAGCUUGCUGCUUCGCUUAACCAACUGGUCUUAUUCUACCUUUAUUCUUCUCCAUCGAUGGGUCGCAAUGGUAUGCGUUGUUCAAGUCAUCCUUCACUCUCUGAUGUGGCUCCAGAUAAUGGUUGAGGCUCAUUCGCAUGCAGAGGUGGUUACAUUACCAUAUUGGCAAUGGGGUAUCGUUGGAACGCUUGCCUUCUCCCUGCUGCUACCUUUCUCCAUUCUCCCUUUCCGACGCGCUCUAUACGAGAUCUUCCUCAUUGUGCACAUUUGCCUGGCUGUUGUCGUUUUGGUUGGAUCUUGGUACCAUAUCUGGUAUCUAUUUGAAGAUACCAGUGGAUUCGAGAUUUGGCUCAUCAUAGCGAUAGCUGUUUGGGGGUACGAAAGAUUGUUGCGCAUCCUUCGUAUCUCAAGAUAUGGCAUCAAAAAGGCUUACAUCACGAGAGCUGAUGAGAAGUAUCUACAGAUUGACAUUCCUGACGUGGAUGCACAUGGUCAUUGCUUCGUCUAUUUCCCUACACUUUCCUUGCGAGUAUGGGAGAACCAUCCUUUCUCAAUUGUUAAUUGUAGCAAGGGGCAGUUGGAGAGAGAGAAUUCACACUCAAGUUCAAGCUCACAGGUUGAGGGCAAGACCACGUCGCCCACAGAGGCUUCGCUGUUCAAGGAGGUCGGUAUGGUUGCAGUCAAAGCUCCCAGCAGUGUAACUGUUAACAACUCCAUCAAACCAGGCAUCACCUUGUUUGUAUCUCCUGAAUGUGGAUUAACCUCUAGACUCCCUAAAAAAGCUGAUAUUGGAAUCCCUAUCCCGAUUCUUGUGGAAUGUUCUUAUGGCCACGAGGACCCAACAAAGUUCAUGCCUACUACCGAUUACCCCAACACGCUCGCUAUCGCUGGCGGAGUAGGUGUAACUGCAGUGUUACCGGCCCUCCAAAGCUCUUUGUCUAUGUAUGCACGACCAAUUGGGACAAGUAAGCUGUACUGGGGAACCAAGAACCGUGGUCUUGUCGAUUCAGUCAAGAGAAUGAUUGUUGAGGGAGAUGGUUACCAAGAUGAAGAAGGGAACGGCCACGCUUCUAACUGGGGUCACUUUGAAGCACAUGUUACGAUUGGGUCACGCAUGGACAUAAAACAGGUUUUCAAAAAUGAGUUAGAGAGCACUACAGGAGGCACAACAGUUGUUGUUUGUGGUCCACAACAGAUGUGCGACGAAGCUAGGAAUGUGUGUGCUGGACUUACACGACAUGGAGCGGUAGUUCGAUUUGUGGAGGAAUCAUUUUCUUGGUAG